UUCUUGAAUUCUAUUUGGGUUUCUUUAGAUUUUGUUCUUCAUGUGUCCCAUCUAGUCAUUUCUGGUGCAUGCCUCCAGGAAAGCUACUUUUGAGCGUCACCAUUAUUAACAUCUAUGGCGGUCUUUGUUUCCUAUUUAAUUUUAUUGACGUAAUUGUCAUCGCGGUUGUCCUUAACUAUCUUAAACUCUAUUUGGGUAGUUUUGGACUUGGUCCUUCCGUUCUACAAAGUAUAGCAGUUAAUUUGUAUAAGUUGAGGUGCUUCUGAAGCUGUUGUCAUUGAUCUACCAAUGGGACUCCACCUCUCUUUUUUCCUCAUCCUGGUUUCCCUCCCUGUGAUUUUGGCUCAAGAAAUUAGACAUGCUAAAAUUGUAGUUGAUGGGACUACAGCAGUAGCUGAAAUUGAUGAUAAUUUCAUCUGUGCAACUCUUGAUUGGUGGCCCCAUACUAAGUGUGACUACAACCAAUGUCCAUGGGGGAAUGCAUCUGUUACAAAUCUGGACUUAUCUCAUCCUUUACUUGCCAAGGCAAUCCAAGCUUUCAAGCAUUUGAGGAUAAGAAUUGGAGGAUCUUUGCAGGAUCGAGUAUUGUACAACAUAGGAGAUUUGAAGUCUCCUUGCCAUCCAUUCCGAAAGAUGAAAGAUGGGUUGUUUGGAUAUUCAAAGGGAUGCUUAUACAUGAGGAGGUGGGAUGAGCUGAACCAUUUUUUCAGUAAGACAGGGGUAAUUGUCACAUUUGGCUUGAAUGCGCUUUAUGGGAGGCACCAGAUCAGGAGGGGUGCUUGGGAAGGAGAUUGGGACCCUAGUAACACAAUAGAUUUAAUGAAGUAUACCAUUUCGAAGGGAUACCAAAUAAAUUCAUGGGAAUUUGGUAAUGAGUUGAGUGGAACUGGCGUUGGUGCAAGUGUUCGUGCUGAACUGUAUGGGAAAGACUUGAUCAAACUUAAAGAUAUUAUGAACGAGUUGUAUAAGAAAUCCCACUCGAGACCUUCACUUAUAGCUCCUGGAGGAUUCGUUGACCCAAAGUGGUACACUACACUUCUUGAUGUUUCAGGUUCAAAUGUACUCAAUAUCGUGACCCAUCAUAUAUACAAUUUAGGUGCAGGUAAUGAUCCCAAUCUUGUAAGUAAGAUAUUGGAUCCCUCUCACUUGAGCAAGAUAUCAGACACAUUCAGCAAUCUUCAACAAAUUAUUAAAAAGCAUGGUCCUUGGGCUUCCGCAUGGGUUGGAGAAUCUGGUGGCGCAUAUAACAGUGGUGGCCGUCAUGUGUCUGACACAUUUGUGAACAGCUUCUGGUACUUAGAUCAGCUUGGAAUGGCAUCCAAGUACAAUACUAAAGUAUAUUGCAGGCAGUCUUUAAUUGGUGGGAGCUACGGUCUCCUCAACACAACCACAUUUGUUCCCAGGCCUGAUUACUACAGUUCACUUCUAUGGCAUCGACUUAUGGGAAAAGGCGUUCUUGCUGUUGAUGCCUAUGCUUCAUCAUAUUUACGCUCUUAUGCCCAUUGUUCAAAAGGAAGAGCGGGUAUAACUGUACUCCUGAUCAACUUAAGCAAUCAGACUCAUUACAUAAUCAAUGUCGGAAAUCAUAUGAACUUUGAUUUCCAUGCAGAUGGGAAAAAAAUUGAGCUAGAAAAUUCUAUCAUGCAUAAUCUUAAGAGAACAGUUUCUUGGGUUGGAAGGAAAGCUUCAGAUGAACCCUUAUACAGAGAGGAGUACCACUUGACCCCAAAAGAUGGGUUCCUUCGAAGUGAAAUCUCAGUUCUAAAUGGAGUUCCAUUAAAGCUUACAGAUGAAGGAGAAAUCCCCAAGCUGGAUCCUGUUCUUAAUGAUGUAAAUUCUCCAUUAUAUAUUGUGCCAAGGUCCAUUGCUUUCAUAGUAUUUCCCAACUUUGAUGCUCCUGCUUGUGUAUAACUCUUCUCAAGCUUAUUUUACAAUGUUGGUUGUAUAAGUGCAUGUAUAAUGAUUGUGAUAAUUGUAAGUUAUGAUGUAUUAACAAGAAGUUAAAGCCUCCUCGAUGAGAAAUUAUGAGGAAUAAGAUACUACUUCUGGUUUUGCUGUUUAA